AUGACGCGUCUGUGUCUGCCGGGAAGUCCUGCGCGCUGGGACGUGGUGGUGGACAACUGCGAGGUGAUCGUGCCGAACAUCACGCUGGCCAACACGACGUACUCCUUCGUCAAGAACGAGCAGAUCAGCCCGAUCGUCCCCGUCGUCACUGGCUACGGCAUCUACGAGCGGAAGAUCGAGCCCACGCUCCCCGCGGGUCUCUACUUCGACCCCUCGUCGGCGGCGAUUAGCGGAAAGCCCACGCAGAAGAUCCAGGCGACGGAGUUCACGAUCACGGUGCGCAACGCGAACGGCGAGGCGCACGUCACGCUGACCAUCACGGUCACCUCGCUGGUGUGCAGCGCGCAGGACGGCUGGGGCGAGACGGACUCGGGCGACACGGCGUACAAGCUCUGUCCCGAGAACAAGGAGGGCGACUGGUACCGCGUGUGCCAGGCGGGCGAUCCUCCGACCUGGCAGAGCCCCGUCGAUAACUGCCAGUACAUCAAGCCCGUGGUGUCGUACCCCAACUCGUUCUACGCGUUGCAGCGCAACCAGGCGACCACGAUCACGCCCAUCACGCAGUUCUACAUCAGCUCGUGGUCCUACCAGGGCCAGCUCCCUACGGGUCUGAGCUUCAGCACGUCCAACGGCCAGAUCACCGGCACGCCCACGCAGGAAACGGAAGUGACCUCGCUGACGAUCACCGCGGCCAAUCCGGACAAGCAGACCCAGGUGACGCUCUCGAUCUCGGUGAGCAUCUUCAAGUGCGCGGCGGAAGGCGUGUGGCCGGAGACCGAGGCGGGACAGACCGUGACGCGCGACUGCGACGACAUGACCCUGAAGGAGGGCUCGAUCUCGCGUGCCUGCGUGACGAGCGGCUACAACGUCGCUUGGGCCGAUCCGGUGGACAGCUGCAAGUACAAGGCGCCCAUCCUGACCUACUCCGUCUCGACGAUCCUGGCUCAUCGCGGCGAGCCCAUCCAGGCCGUUUCGCCCACGAUCGGCAAUCAGAUCGACUCCAUGACCAUCGAGCCGGCCUUGCCGGAGGGCCUGUCCUUCCACAGCCUGACCGGAACCAUCAGCGGAACGCCCACCGGCGAGGCGUCGAGCCGCGCGUACGUGGUGACGGCGAUCAACGCGGACGCCCAGACCACGGCGACGCUGCAGAUCACCGUGACGGUGGUGGCCUGUCCGGCGGACGGUCGCUGGCCGAUCACGGAGCGCGGCUCGGUGGCGUACAUGUGGUGCUCGGACGGCAUGGCGGGCAUUCUGGUGCGUCAGUGCGGCGAGGAGAGCGACGAGACGCCCAGCUGGAAGCCGGUGGACUCGUCGAACUGCGUGGCCAACCCGGGCAGCGAGAAGCCCUCGCAGGGCCAGGCGUUCCUUCGAUUCAAGCUGAAGCUGGAGGGCGUGACGAGCUUCGACCCCGCGGCCUACGCGGCGAUCCGGCGCGUGCUGGCCGCGGGCCUGACGUCGCUGGGCGUGGUGGAGUCGGGCAUCGUGCUGGAGACGCACAGCUCGGAGACGUUCUCCGUGAUGGCGGCAGGCACGGCGGUGACGACGCGCAUCCGCGUGAGCGAAGAGAACGUGGACAGUCUGCAGGCAGCGGUGAAGAACCUCGCGAAGACGACGCUGACGAUGCAGCUGCGGCAGAGCAACGUGGCGUCGCUGGCGACGGUGACGGCGUCGGUGGACGAGAACUCGUUCGAAGUGGUGAACUACACGCUGCUGAAUAGUCUGGUGGGCACGCUGCUGACGAUCGUGAUCAUCAUGGCGGUGGUGCUGAUUCUGAUCGCCGUGCUGUUCUACAUGCGGAGAAUGAGCGCGAGCAAGAAGAACGGACACGACCGAUUUACGAGCAGUCACUCCGCUGGAAGACACGGAAAGUCGCAGCAUGAAGAGCGCUCGAAGAAGAGUCGACACUAUGAGGAUGACGAUUAUGAGGAAGAGAGACAGAGGAAGAAGUCGAGCAAGAAGAGCAAGCGUUAUGAGGAGGAGGAAGAGGAGGAAGAGCGCCCGAAGAAGAAGUCGAGCAAGAAGAGCCGAAAGACGGACUAUGAAGAGGAGGAAGAGGAGCGCCCGAAGAAGAAGAAGAAGUCGAGCAAGAAGAGCAAGCAUUAUGAGGAUAGCGACUAA